AUGACAUUUGACGACGACCGGCAACUCUAUGUUAUUCAAGCGAUUGUAGAUGGAAAGCUCAUGGAUAUUCAGUUUACAGAGAUCUCUCAAACACAAAUGGACGCAUUGCGGCGAACGCCCUCCCAGCACACGACCUUUCCCAAACCAAAUAUUUACUCAUGUUUGAUUGUGCAGAACCACACUGUGAGGAAUACGCUCUCGACUUGGUGGAGUAUAUCAACUCUUGCCAUUCAAGAAAAAGGGUGUUCUUGGGAUGUUCGCGCAGAAAAAUUAAAAACCAAGAACAGCUCAGCUCCUGAAAACAGAAUGCAGACAGCAGCAGUUUCCGUCUCCUACUUCGGACAUCAUAAUACGAUGAUCCAGCGGAGGAAAAUCUCUGGCUUGGGAACCUCCGUAAGCUCGAUUUUGAGUGGCUCGAAGAAAAGACAACCGAUUAUUGCAUUCCUUAAUUAUAACGUCUUGAAACUUUUCCACGAGCUAGUCAAGCGACUCAAAGCACACCAAGAAAAAGAAUCCAGAGCAGAACGUCGAUCACAACUUAUGCAGAAGCAAAUGCAGUCCCAAUUUCAUCAUGUUUAA